AUGUAUCGUUGGGGUCAUGUACGGUCUGCUCUUCGCCACAUCUGCUAUCAGCUUGAGCGGGAUCCAAGAACAUGCGCUGUUUCAUAUUCUACUACUGCGGAGUCUUCAUAUCUAAGUAAGCAAUCAGGGGUUCACUGUAUAUCUUAUUAUUAAUAUAACGUUUGAAUCAUUUUUUCUUCAAAAGAGUAUUUUAAAUCAUAGAAUCCCUGAAAAUGAUUACAUUUCUAGAACGUUGAUUGUUGUUUGCUUGUAUUAAUUCUUGAUGCAUUGAUUCCACGUCCUUAAAUCUUUUAAGUCGUUAAGCUUUUAAACAUGUGUAACUCAGAUUAAUGUGCCUCUGUAAGCGAGCUAAGUAUGAUUAGUUGAACUAUUUCAAUUCUUGUUUCUGUUGGUUUGCUUUAUUAUAGCAACAGAUCCGUCGAUUAUUGUGUAAACUCUCGCAAUCAACCCCAUCAACCUGCAUUGAACUAUUGAUUUUUUUCCCUUUCCAUUAACAAUUAUUGACAGUCAUAGAUGGGCUUUUCUUAGUUGUCUUUAUUUAAUAUUUGCAGGUUCUUUGUGUGUUCGUAACUUCUGUGUCGUUAUAGUGCCAUGGAUAUUCUGAUUUCCGUUGUUUCAAGCCCCAAUUUGCUUGCAUCAAAAAUAAUAUUUUGUGUAGGUAAUUCAAUUAUUACUGCUAACAAUACAUUAAGUAAAUGUGGGGGAUAUUAUUAAAUUAUGUCCUUGAUUGGCAUCUUUGCCUCUGAUAUUUGGCAACCUUGAUUGAUAAAUUGACAUGUAAUAUAUCAACUAUUCAACUUAUGUGAUGUGUCUCGUUUCUCGCCAUUCAUUUCCCAAAAAAGAUAAAAUUCACCACAACUUUCAUUUUCUUGAAAUUGCGUAUGCAGUUAUGAGAAUGACCAAGUUGCCGAUUUACAACGUUUUUGUGAUAUUGCCUCUGAAUCUUACUGUAGAUCAAUCUCUAUGGUCUCUGCGGGCUUCUUCUGGAUUUAGUCCAUCUUUGCUUCAUCGAUAUCUUCAGAAUUCGGUAAUGCAUUCCAGCUCUUUUUAUGCCCAAAAGUCGAACUUUAAUACUCAAUUUUCUUUUUCUGGUGCAACCUUUCUUUCAGUGUGAGGUUGUCCCUUGUUGAAAAGCAUCUUAUGCUGACAAAUCUGCAGAAUUGUUCUCUGGAAGUUUAAAACUUUGCUUCAGAAGUAUACCGAAAAAUAUUUGGAUUGCUUCCUUGAGUUGAUCGCUAUAUGCUUGUUGCCAUUGUCUCGUCUCUUCUAUAUAAUAAUCGCGAACUACUUAGACAGUGUCUCUGUAUUACAGAUAUUUAUCAUAAAUUUUGUCUACAUUAUGGUGCGAAGAUCAUAAUCUCACCAUAUACUAUUGCUAUGAAUGUGGGCUGGUCUUAUUCAGCGUCAACAUCAGGCCAACACCAGAAAAAUGAAAAAAAUAAAUGACGAUUGUGAUUUAUUCUCAAUAUUUAUUUUAAUCUCGUUUUAAUCGCAGGGAAUUUUUUAUUCAAAGUCCCUCUUGGCUAAGGCUGAUGCAGACCUAACUCCUAUCUCUUCACCCUUGAUGCCCAGUUUGGGGCCAGGGUCAAGUGCUGGGAAAACUCAAGCCACGGCAGUGUCUAAGCCUUCAAAAGUUCAGGCAAUUAAAAAAGGGAUCAGACAGGUAGCUUCAACUACGGCCAGAAUUCAGGCCUUCUUUUGGCGUACAUUUGCUUUGAGCUAUACAGAUAUUGGCAUUAAUAUUACCUUAAAUGGGUGUCUGUCAUUUAUUUCCGGCUGGAAGUCUCGAGAAACGUUGGCUAUUCAGUGCAUUCUGCUGAUGGGGAAAUGUUUCCUUGUUCUGAGCAUUUCACCUCUCCUGAUGGGGAAAUUUUUCCUUGUUCUUUUCACUGGCAUUAUCUCGGUCUAUUCACAUGGCUUCUGCAGAGCCCCAAGAAGGUCAAUUUGGUGGCUCAGUUGAUCCGGGGAAUGCGUGUCGAGGAUGCCCUCCUGCAGCUGCAGGUGACUGUGAAACGUGCUGCAAAAACUGUCUACCAGGUGCCCAUGCUGCCAUUGUUCUUCUGCCAGUCCUUCUCUCGCAUUUCUGUUCAACUAAUUCCCUUUCCUCCCUCGGUGUAGGUUGUCCACUCCGCACGAGCUAAUGCAGCACACAACCAUGGGCUGGAUCCAGAGCGGCUCAUUGUUGGUGAAUGACUGACUAAACCUGGGUUCCCACAUCCCCUAUUGUUAUGUUUCUAUGCUAAGUUUAGCUCUUGGUCUUCUAAAAUCAUUGGCAGCUGAGGCCUUUGUGGGGAAGGGUGUUUUUCUGAAGCGGGUUUCCUACCAUUCCAAAGGGAGGAGUGGAAUCAUGGUGAGGCCGCACUGUCGGCUGACGGUGGUGGUGAGGGAGCUCACACCCGAAGAGGAGGCGAAGAUUGCCAAGCUGAGGGUUAGCAACUUCAAGAAGCUCUCAAAGAGAGAGAGGCAGCUGGUCCCCCAUCAGCUGAUCGAAACUGCUCCAAGGUGGAACAGGAAACCAAGAGAGAAUUCGAUGGCUUGA